AUGCGUGGGGGCUUGAGGGGUAACUGCAACCAGAUUGGACCGUUUUGGUCCCUGGCGCGUAGCACCAACAGACAAAAGCUUUCCCCACUGGGACCCGAGGUAAAAGUUCAUUCCUUUCAUUAUCAAGUAGGUUCCGGGAUUCAGACUACAAUGUUAAAGCGCUUCCGCUUGGCUAAGUUACGCCCUCGAAGCGAGCCAGCGGACAGGGGGUCUUCCAACUCUUCAACUGAGGAAAGCAGCAAUGAUACCACGCGGGGAAGAGCAACUGCCCUAAGAGUCACGCCCGAGGCACCGUCGAGCGUGCUUGAAACUAGUGCUGGUCCUUCACCUUCAGCAUUAGGCCUUCAUGUCUUGUACCAACCUCCGCUUGCUGCUUUGGACAUUGUUUUUGUUCACGGCCUUGGCGGACAUAGCCACAACACAUGGACCAAAAACCAUGACCCCAGCCUCUUUUGGCCUGCCAAAUGGCUUCCGCUGGAGCCAGACAUAGGCAUUGCCCGCAUCAUGACUUUCGGUUACAAUGCAAACUGGCGUGGUUCAACGAAAAAUAUCUCAACUAUUAUUGAUUUUGCCAAAGAUCUGUUGUUUGAAUUGCGAUUUGCUAGGGAUCCUUCGGGUAAUGAUCUUAACAUAGGAUCGAGGCCUAUCGUUUUUGUUGUUCACAGUAUGGGGGGACUUGUGGUGAAGAAGGCUUAUUUGCUUGGAAUUCAUGAUGACACCUAUAAAGCCAUCGUUGAAUCUAUUUCAGCCGUUAUUUUCUUAGCUACUCCUCACCGAGGCACACAUUUGGCUGAAACACUCAGCCAUAUUCUUUCUGCAACGUUCCAAUCAUCGAAAAGCUUCAUCUCGGAUCUCAACAAAGGCUCGUUCGCCAUUGAGGAUAUAAAUGAGCAAUUCCGUCAUUUCGCGCCAAAGUUAUCCAUAUGGUCAUUCUAUGAGACCCUCGCAACGUCCAUUGGACCAAGCAAGAUUAUGGUGUUGGAGAAAGAUUCAUCAGUUUUGGGAUACCCAUCAGAAAUCUCGAAACCUCUUCAUGCCGACCACAAAAGCAUAUGCAAGUAUGACAGCCCUGCUGACGAAAAUUACGUUGCCAUUAAAAAUGCGAUAACACAUAUUGUUUCGACCUUCCUGCGAAAAGCAAAGAGUGAAGUUGGAGUGACCGAGGUUGAGAUCAAGGCAACAGUAGCUGAUCUAUUCCGCGGUUGCAUCACAAGCGAAGAUGACUAUAACACCCUCAGCGAACGGCGGAUUCCCGGGACAUGCAGCUGGAUUUUCGAGGAACCCGAGUUCUUGUCCUGGAUGGCGCCUUCAAGUCAAUCUUCAAUUCUAUGGUAUACUGCUCUUCCAGGAAAUGGAAAGUCCAUACUGUCUACAUGCGUCAUAGACUAUUUCAAAUCCUCACCGAAUGGCUGCCAGUUCUUUCAUUUUAAAUACUCUGAUCCUGGGAGACGAUCAGUCGUAAACUGCCUUCGAAGCUUGGCCUUUCAGCUCGCAAAAGAUAUUCCCCAGUUUGGUCGGCUUCUAUGUCAUGCUCCUCGGGAAACCUUGGGUUUGGAUUCUGGUGACGCGACCCUGAUUUGGCAGAAUAUCUUCCAAAACACGUUUGCACAAUCGAAGAUUGACGCAUGCCUAUACUGGAUCAUUGAUGGCUUGGAUGAGUGCGAUGAACCUCAGAUUCUGCUCAACUGCUUCAAAUGCCUUUCCACGGUAGCAGUGUCCAUCAAUGUUUUGAUUUUGAGCCGGAAAGCUGGCACGCUUCCUAUAGCAUUUGAUCGACUGUCGCAGAAUGUACCUGUUAAAAUUAUUGAAAAAAGCGACGGAUCACACAACUUGCCAGACAUCGGGAUCCUUGUGAGGCAAGGACUUGAACAGCUCAGUUGCGGCGCAGACUUUCGGGAACAGCUUUGUCAGAAUGUCACAAAGCGCUCUGAAGGCAGUUUUCUGUGGACCAAAUUGGUACUCGACGAAGUAAUGCAUUGUCAUACAGAGAAAAGGAUCCAAGAAGUGCUGGAUGAGGUCCCGGAUGACAUGAGUCUAGUGUACGAACGAAUGGAGAAAAGUCUUGUUCAGUCAGGUCGAAGAGCCAAUGAGCCACUUAUAAAAGCGCUUAUUGAGUGGACAAUUUGCGCCCAGAGGUCACUUAAUCUAAGUGAAAUGGCUCAAGCCCUCGAGCCCGAGUUCACUGGAUUCCUCGACCUCAAACGAACCAUCAAGGAUGCUUGUGGGCAAUUUAUACAAAUUGACGAAAGCGGCAACAUCACGAUGCUACACCACACAACUAGCGAGUACUUUUCGCGGAGCACAACGAGUAUCUUUUCAAUCAGCCCUGGAGUGACUCAUACUCGCCUCUUCUUAAAAACCACCUCGGCCUUAGAAGAGCCGACUCUCCAAUGGAAAUUGAUAGAGAAUCGCCACGCAAUGCGAAGCAGCCAACCCUUUGUAUUCUAUUCAGCCAUUAGUUGGUCUUAUCAUCUUUAUCAUUGCCAGUCAAAUUCCUCACAAAUUCUAGACCAACUUGUAUCUUUCUUUCGCUCCCCUGCCGUCUUGAGCUGGAUACAUAUCCUAGCAUUACUGCGGCGGGUAGAAGUUCUGACGAAGGCAGCUAACAUUCUUGGCUCAUUUUUGCAUGGAAUUGCUAAGAAGGAUGAUUCGGACAACUCAAAAACCAUGAGUUCAUCGGAACUGAAACUGCUAGAAGAUUGGGCCACGGACCUCAACAAAAUUGUUGGUAAAUUUGGACAAAUCUUGGUGAUGGAGCCAGAGAUCAUAUAUAACUUGAUCCCUGCUUUGAGCCCUGGUCAGACUGCAAUAUCUAGACAAUUUGGGAACUAUCAAUCUACAAUUGAAGUUCUGGGCAAUGAGGACAGGCUAUGGAAUGGCAAUCUCGGCCGUUUCGCUUUACCAUCAGGCACUCGAGCAUUGAAGAUAGCCUGCGCGCCAAAGUAUAUAGCAGUGCUGGAAUUUGGAGGUAUUGUACGAAUUUGGGACUCGUCCAACUUUCUGGAAAUCAGAUCCAUUGCGCACUCGGAGCCUGUCACAACAACAGCUUUUAGUUCUAGUGGAACGAAACUCGCAACAUGUGGUCUUCAAACAACGAAGAUAUGGUCUGUUGCAAGCGGUAGAGAGUUGAUAGUUCUCCGCAAUCCCCCCCUGACGAAGGCGAUAGGGAUAUCCUUUGCUGAAAAAGAUAAAAAGCUGCUUUUUGGAGGAGAUGACAAUGUUAUUAGGAUCGCAUUUUGGGAUGUACCAAGUCCACAAUGGCAAGCCGUCCACCCGGAUCUUCUCCUGAAGAAACGUCUAGGAGAUAUGGGCACCAUUAUGAACUCUCCGAUGUAUUUGGCAUUUAGUGAUGACAAGAAAUACAUCGGGGCUUCAUAUAGAGGAGCUCCCCUAUCUGUGUGGAGACUCGCCGAUGGCAGAUUUAUUGGGAAGUGUCAGCGUUCAAAGGAGACGCGGCUUGCUGCUGGUCAAUCCUCAACAACCUGGUUCUCCGUUGAUAGAUUCACUUGGAAUCCAGUUACUGGCCAUGUACUGGGAAUGUAUAAGGAUGGCUGCAUCUUCAAGUGGCACCCUUUCACGAGAGAGAAUGUUGAAUUACGAAAGCCAGCGGAUGGAAUUGCAGUCAGUGCGAAUGGGAAACUAUUCGCCACGAGUAGUAGUGACGGUUCUGUCCGGAUAUGGGAUUUUGCGACUUUCACACUCAUUUACCAACUUUCGACCGAGGACCUUGUGACGGACCUUGCUUUUAGCCCUGAUAGUCACAGACUUUACGAUUUGCGAGGCGGCGUAGUAAACGCCUGGGAGCCGGAUGCCGUGACACGCUUCUACACGAAUCAGGAACAUAACUGGAACACUAAGAGUGAAGACAAACACUACACAGAGAUGUCAAAGCCCUCAGAGGAGAAGAUCGUUCAUACUGAUGGUGUGACGGCAAUUUGUCCUUCUCCUAGCCGGACUGAAUACUGCGCCGGUUUCGAGAACGGAACUGUGCUCCUCUUCGAGGAUCCAACAAUACCCCCUUUAGAAGUUGCAAAUUUCGGUUACCCUUUAGAUAUCACCCACCUUGUAUGGAGCGACAACAAUCUCUUCAUUGCGAUUGUGAAUCUGGCUGGGGAGGUUAUUGUGAAGGAAAUAAACAGAGAUCAAGGAAAAACACGGUUCUCUUCCUUGCCCAAAUUGGAGACUCAGUCUAAGGAAAUAAACAGACCACCCGACGGCCAUACCUUCAAUUUCGAAGGUCUCAUUUUUAGUUUGGACUCAAAGUUCAUAUUCCUAUGGACUGAAAGAGAAUGUUUCGUCUUCAUGGUCGAGACUGGCUCGCUGCAGGCCUAUCUAGAAACUAAAUCUGGGACUCAACAAAAAUGGCUGGAAAACAUUGACGAAGCUGGCCAGCAGUAUCUCUACCGAGGAUUCGCCAACCAUCGGACUGAAAGACGGGAGUUUUGGAGCAGAUACAACAGAAUCAGAGCCAAGGAAGCGUCUUCACAAAGAUAA